CAAAAAGAUUAUUUUACGCAUCGUAAUAAAAGAUCUUUCUUCAGGCAUGGGGCUCUAUAUUCAACACUGGUUUCCAAGUUGGACACUUAAUGAGGAAAGGAAUAAUUUGUCUCUUAUUUCAUUUUGAAUAAAGAAGAAUGAACGUGUCUUCUGAAACUACGGUUUUUGAUGUAACAUCACCAUUAGAUGUCACGACCGAAGCGCCGGACACGACCUGGUCUGCAAAUACUACGAUGACUGGAAGUGUGGCUACGGCGGUCAUGUCAACUGCAACGGAUCUAACAACUAAUAUUGCGGAGACUACAACCCAUUUAUUUGAUACGUAUGGUAUUUUCAUACAUCCGCACUGGAAAAAUUUCCCUAUAGUUUCAGACGAAUGGCAUUACCUGAUUGGAAUAAUUAUAACUUGUGUUGGAAUAACAGGGAUCAUUGGAAACUCCCUCGUUAUUUGGAUGUUUUCAAGGGAAAAGUCGUUGCGAACAUCUUCGAAUAUGUUCAUUGUAAACCUUGCCAUCAGUGACCUAACGUUCUCAGUUGUAAAUGGUUUUCCUCUAUUCAGCAUCUCAUCUUUUAACAAAAGAUGGAUAUUUGGGACAGCUGCAUGCGAAUUCUAUGGUUUGAUUGGUGGAAUCUUUGGGCUGAUGUCAAUAAACACCAUGGUGGCUAUAGCAAUUGACCGUUACUACGCCAUAGCUCGUCCUCUACACGUAGCUAAAUUCAUGACACGGAAACGAGCGUUUCUUAUGAUCGUUACUGUUUGGAUAUGGUCAUUUGCUAGCGCAACUCCACCUAUCUUUGGUUGGGGCCGGUAUAUUCCGGAAGGAUUUGGUACAUCUUGCACGUACGACUAUCUCACACGCACAAACAAUAACAUAACCUUCAUAUUUUUCAUGUACAUUUUCGGAUUUGCGGUGCCACUUGGUGUUAUUAUCCUCUGUUAUGCAAUGAUCAUACGGGCUGUCAAGGUACACGAGAAUGAAAUGAAGAAAACAGCUAAGAAAUUAAAUGCUGAAAUGCGUUCAAAUCAAGACAAGAAAAAUAUGGAGAUUAGGGUAGCAAAAAUAGCAAUGUCGAUUCUUGUAUUGUAUCUUUUGUCAUGGCUGCCAUAUGCUACAGUCGCCUUGAUUGGAAUGUUUGGCGAUGCAUCAUUCGUCACACCAUUUUGGGCAGAAAUACCGGUACUGUUUGCAAAAGCAUCCGCGAUGCAUAAUCCUCUAGUUUACGCACUCAGUCAUCCUAAAUUUAGAGCAGCUUUGCAAACGCAUGCGCCCUGGCUGACUUGUUGCUGCAAACCUGAAGCAAAGCCCGCAAUGUCUACAGGUACUUCUUUUAAGGACAGGAAUGCCAGUAAAAGGAGUGUAACCAGUGUCACAGGUGCCAGCGUUAGUAGCGAGAUGAGCAAUGUCAGUGACUCCAUGUACGCUGACAUGGAAUUUCGUCUUCGUAAACUCGAAGAAGAACAGGCAGCGAAGAGAGAUCCAAAGACGGUUUCGAAAAAGAAGGCGAACAAAAAUCAGGCUGUUGAACAAGCAGAUGACAUUCCAGCGGGAAAAAUAAUUCAGGAUCUUGCACAUGCAUUAGUUGAGGCAACAUCACGGGAAAAAACGAGUCAUCCAGUACAACCUGUGUAUCUCCCUAGUAGUAUUUUAAAAGGCAAGUCGUCUGAUUCCAAAGAACCGUCUGAUGGCAUUUUCGUUCUUGACAGUAAUACAAUACCUGAACUUGCAAAAUACUUGACAACAUUUUCAAACUUAAACAACGAAAACAUUGAAGGUGUGGUUAAUCAAGGUCUAGAGUUGUCACCCGAAGUUCCACCAUAUGAGUCUGUUGGAGCUAGGCCAAAAACUUCGAAUGUUGAGGAUAAUGAUGGUAGCGGCGUAGGCUAUGAUGAAGCACAACUUUGAUAUAUCCCUAGAUCUAAAACAAAUAUUUAUUUCCUAAGUGCUCUUGACGCAAUUUCAUUUAUGGGGUACAUUGUUUACAUGAUUAUAUUGAGUAUUUGGUCUAGAUUAUUUGAAUAAACUGAUAUAAUAAUUCUGAUCUAAGAUUGAAAUCAGGGAUAGAGUAAUGGCGAUCGUUACGAUCGCUUGAAUACUUGAGAAGUAUAUGAAAUAAUAGGUAUCAAGAUUAAGAGAUGUUGCUUUCUUGGCAUCAAUAUUUGCAAUGACGAUUCAUGGAAACAAGCAUUCAAAAUCAAUCUGAACGCUGUAUGCGCUAUUUCCACGUUUAAAAGAAACCAUAUACACCACUAAUGCCUAUUCGGUAUAAGUAGUGGAAAGUAUUUUACAAUGUAGAGUCUUUCAUUUAUAGCAUUGAACGGGUGUGUGCAAUACAUAGAAAACGGUUUAUUUCAACCACAAAUUUCCCAGUUAAAUAUUGCUUUGUAGUCAACUUUAUUGCAUUCACAUUUGACGAAAUACUUCAACAGAAUAUCUUUUUAAUGCAAUAACGACAUUUUUAGAUAAAAUAGCAAGUGACAAGCACAAACCAGAGACAGUCCAAGCUCUCUUGUGUAAGAUUUUUUUUAGUUCAAUGGAAUCAUGUUUAAAUCAUUUUGUGGAUGUCAAUAUCUUUUUUAUUAUUUCAAUGGAAACAUGUUUAAAUCAUUUUGUGAAUGUCAAUAUAUUUUAUGGCUGGUCUAUUGAGAAUAUUGAGAAUUCCAGAAUGUGUGUGAACGUUUGACCAUUCCUUUAAAUUUAUAAUAUCGUAACAAUCGGAGCAUUUCAACAUGCCAAUUUUUGAAAACGCUUUUGAAAUGCGUGGUAAUUUGUCUGGUUACUGCUUUGAUAAUAAUAUAGAGGUACGUAAAUGUUAGACUGCUCAUAGACAUUGGUAAUAAAUACAGAAACGUCCCAAUUUAACUAUUCAUGGUCAAAACGGCUUGGACACACAGGUAAGCAAAGCUCUAGUUAACAUCGCCGAUGUCGAAUAUGAUUUUACGUUAACAUUGAUACAAAUGCCGAUAAAAGCGUGAUUGAUACAAAUGCCAGUAAAGCGUGAUUGAUACAAAUGCCGGUAAAUCGUGAUUGAUACAAAUGCCGGUAAAAUCGUGAUCGAUAGAAAUGCCAGUAAAGUGUGAUUGAUACAAAUAUCGGUAAAAUUGUGAUUGAUAAAAAUGCCGGUAAAACGUGAUUGAUACAAAUGCCGUUAAAAUCGUGAUUGACAGAAAUGCCAGUAAAGCGUGAUUGAUACAAAUGCCGGUAAAACCGUGAUUGAUGCAAAUGGCGGUAAAAUUGUGAUUGAUACAAACGCAGGUAAAAGCGUGAUUUAUACAAAUGUCGGUAAAAUCGUGAUUCAUUCAAAUGGCGGUUAAAGCGUGAUUGACUCAUACGAUGUUUUGUUGUCAUAACAAUGAAUUUCAUAUUGCAAAUUCUUGUACAUUAUAUGAUUUAUGUGAAUAAAUGCAAAUUUUCGUAUAAACAAUUAUAUGAAAAUAAUUAGAAAUAGAUCUAUAUCUAUGUCAAAUAAUUAAAAUAUAUGUAUAUAUCAUUAAUUGACUUGAAAUAUAAAGUUACAACAACAUUGCUGUUCAGUUGACGAAACAGUACUUAACUUUAUGUAUUUCAUAACAUUUGUUUGUUCAGACGGGUCAUUGUUGCAUCAUUAUUGUUAAUCAAUUUCUUUAUUUGUUGUCAAUUUAAGGAAAA